CAUUCACAUUCAGUCUUCAUGCGCACUUUGCAGUAACAACAUUGGCAAACCAGUUUUGUGAUAGAAUAGAACGAAGCUACCUGUGGAUCGCGAACCAUAUAGGCUUUAGAAGGUAGAAGCUCACUACAAAGAGGAAAGGAACAGCCAGAUAAUCACAACCAGUGUGCAGCACCGCCUCUUCAACGCCCAUCGACAAGCUAAUCUACCAACGGCUGGAUCCGUUCCCGCAGCAACAGCGCGACGACAGCCUCGGGCACCUGAUCAAGAUGCUACGCUUCUGCGGGAUAUUCUUCGGGAUACUGCUGGUGUUGGUUGUGCUGAGUGGAAUCGAAACCAGAAGCCAGUACCGGGUCGAUGACGAGCUGGCUGCGUUUCGACCCAUCGAUGCCGGUGAGGAGACUAAUGAGCUAGCCGGUAAUGACAUCGAGCAAAGCGGGCCACCUCCGCACACGGAGUAUGCCAAAAUGGCACGGUACCUGGUACACAAAGCAGAAUGGGUCUCGAUGGGAUCGCUCUCCACCGUGGAUGCCAUCAAGGGCUACCCGAUGGUGAACAUCAUAGCCUCGGCGGACAGUGCACGUGGCGCCAAAUCGACCGGCACCCUGUACUUCUAUCUGACCAUGCUGGACUACACGGCGCAAGAUCUGAGCAAGGAUAACCGCCUGACGGUGCUGCUCUCGAUGGAUCAGGAUCUGGAGUGCAGCAAGAACGGUAUUGACCCGAUGGAGCCCACCUGUGCCCGCAUCAUGAUCUCCGGACGGGCCGUUCGGCUUGAGGAGGGUACCGACGAAUUCACGUUCGGAAAGAACGCCAUGUUCAGCAGACACCCGGCCGCGAAGCACUGGUUGGAUACCCACAACUUCUUCCUCUGCAAGCUGGACAUCGUGCAGAUAGCCGUACUGGACUACUACGGUGGACCACACUACGUCACCGUGGAGGAAUACAUGAAGGCUAACCCCGAUACGGAUGGCUCGGAAAAAGCGCACCCACUGCUUCGACUGUCGCAAGAUGCGUUCGCUGCACCAGAGGUUAUCUCCAACUCUGAUAGCGAAAGGACCAUUACGGUUAAAAUCAAGAAGGAUUCUCCGGUGCGGCACAUCAAUUUGGAGGUGUAAACAAUAGAAACAAUAACUAAAUUCCCUAUGAUCAACAAUCAGCAAUGAGAUAAGACUGUGUAAUAAUGUGUGAUUUUUAGUGCCAAAUAGAAAAUGCAGCGUAAACAGCGGAAUUGAUUGGAAAUUAAAUAAUGAGAUUGUGAUACAAAUAAAAAAUCGAAUAGCAUACGA